GAAGAAACCCGUGACCCCCGUUUUCAUGACGUACACAUACAGAAACGCCAUGUUUUAGCGAGAAGAGGAGAGUUUCUGUUAUGUCCAAGAUGAUUUCAUGUUUAAUUUUAACCUUGUAAACAAAAUAUCACAAGACCAUUGUGAAUUCCUAGUAGACAUUGUAAACACCAAUAAUGGCUGAUUCUGGUGGCCGGAACUUCUCCUUCAAAUGUGUGCUUCUGGGAGAAGGAUGUGUUGGGAAAACUUCACUAGUUCUGCGAUAUGUCGAAAACAAAUUUAAUGAUAAACACAUAACAACAUUACAGGCAUCUUUUCUCACCAAAAAGCUUAACAUUGGAGGAAAGAGGGUGAACUUAUCUAUAUGGGACACCGCGGGACAGGAGAGGUUCCACGCCCUGGGUCCUAUCUACUACAGGGACAGUAAUGGUGCAAUACUGGUGUACGAUAUCACUGACGAAGACUCCUUCCAGAAGGUGAAAAACUGGGUAAAGGAGUUACGGAAAAUGUUAGGAAACGAAAUCUGUCUGUGCAUAGCCGGAAACAAAAUAGAUUUAGAAAAAGAACGACAUGUGUCCGUGGCAGAAGCUGAAGCUUAUGCUGCGUCAGUAGGAGCAAAACAUUUUCACACGUCCGCAAAACUGAACAAAGGUAUAGAGGAGAUGUUCUUAGAUUUAAGUAAAGGUAUGAUAGAAAAAGCUGGGGAGGAUAAUAACAGAAAUCAGAGAGACGGGUCAAAUCGUAAAAGUGUGGUCGUGGUGGACGAUGAAGCACCAACACAGCAAAAAUCAGGAUGUUGUUGACGUUGUCGUCAUAGUGAUGUAAUAAGAAUUGAACUUGAAACAACUGGAGGUCUCUUUGAACUUAAUAUGUUAUAGGCUGUUUAAGUUCAGUAAGAUGUAUAAAACAGUCUGUCUUCACGUUUCAUGAAGCAUGACUGUGUGUACAUAGUGCUAAUAGGGAAAACAUUUGUUAGUAGUGUUUUAUGCUUUUAUACAUACAUGUAUCACAUUAAAUUGCACAUGUAUAAUGGAAGCAAAACAAAUGUUUAAUUUAUAAGAAUUCUUUUACUUAUUCCAGCUGUGGGUUUGUAAUUUUGGCAUUAAUUCUUUGGAUGCGAUGCAUAAUAUGUAUGGUGGGAUUUAGCCUACUGAGUAUGCAUUUCAGUUUUUUUUAAUCAUUGUAAAAAGAACAAGAAAAUUUCUUGUUCUGUAUAAAAAAAAAUUCUCUGCAGUAUAAUCUGCUGUAUAAUUGUAGUUGUGUGAAAUUGAAAUUAAAGAUUAUGAUUCAUAAAUAUGAAAAUAAAUGGGCGAUGAACAGGUCUUCACCAUUUAAAUGUGAACUAUAGAUGUGAAUAUUUCUUAAAACAUUUCCACAGAACAUUGUUUGUCCUUUCCUGUAUUUUGUCGGGCCAAUCUAACAUAUAAAUCCAUUCAUUGUUUUUUAAAAAAAUGCUUGCUUAUAUGGUAAGGUACAGAUUCUAGUUCAUAAAUUUUUCCUUUUAAUUUCAUUUUGAUUGUUGUGAAUCAUGUCAUUUUGUAUCAGCAAAGUUUUUUCAGAUUACUUCAAACUUAAUAUGGUAAAUUAAUGAUUUGUAUUUUAUUUAGUAAAAGGACAAGUCCUUUUAUGUUGUAGAUAUUCCUUACAUGUGCAUGUAUUGUACAUCAAAUCAUAAAUAAAAUAUAUUUGAAUGAAUAUAUAUGUGUCAUAAUGGAUAAUUGUUUAGUAAGUAAAAAAAACUUGUGUGAAUUAUUUUCACUUGCUUGAUCAUUGAAUUUCUGAAAUGGAACACAUACGUAUUUACUGAUCAUUUUUCUCAAUUAUUUAUGAAAUAUCAACUGUAAUCUGCAAAAAAUGCCAUACUUUCUUUUCCAUUUUGUAUGUUUUAUAUAAUCUGCUAAAUAAUAACAUAUACCUAACUGUUAAAUGUACAGUAUAUAACUUCUGAUAUGUCCAAAGAAUAUUGAUCAAUAACUGUUCCAUUUUUAUGAGUCAUCUUUAGCUUUAGACAGAUUUCAGCAUUUUGUUUGCUUUUGGUGUAAAAUAAUGCAUGGUGUAAUUUAUUAUAGAAAAGUGUUAAAUGAAGUGUUUGCACUAUUAUAUUCUGAACUUCAGAAAUGCUGAAUUUGCCAAAUUGAGCACCCAUGUUUUUCAGUAUGGAGUAUAUAAUGUUAUUCAGUAUUAAAAUAGUGACCUUACAGUUUGUAUGAUAAUUGAUUCAGGUUCCAUUUAGCUAUUAUUCCCUAAGGUAAAUUGUAAUAAAAAAAAAAUUUCGAAUGAUAAAAUCAGUUUCUUCAAUUUUUCUUCAAAUUCCUCAUCAGACCAAUAUUUUACCAUACUGGAUGCACAAGGCAAAUGCUGUGUUUUUGUGGUUUGUGAAAAAUAAAGUUUAUGAGCUUGUCCAUCAUUUUCCCACAGUCCCUUAAACUCUGUGGAUGGAUUGGGAUUACUAUUAACAACACUGAUUCGGGAGAGAUUUGCCUGAAUGAUUGUAUUGUAUUGUACUGGUAUUUUCUCUGGUUCGGAAGCAUUGCAUAGG